UGACAUAUAUGUAGCUCUAUGUCAUUUCAGGCAUGCGCUGUAGCGUAGGAAAUUCUUUGGAUCUCCCAGCACUGUUCACAUGGACUGCCAACGAAGAUGGCCGCCUUGAUUCCGAGAUGUACUGUGCAAGUAGCGAAGACACAAACAAUAUGUAUCUCUGCUGUCGCGGUGCAGACAAAUUUUAUUCGUUAUUACUCAUCGGAGCCACAGAUCAUAAAGAAUCCGACUACUGCUUCCUUAAAGAGAGGAACCGGUGGUCGUAGUUCUUUCAAUGGGAUAGUGUGUACAUUAUUUGGUGCAACAGGAUUUGUUGGACGAUAUGUGUGCAAUCGCCUUGGGAAGAUUGGCACUCAGCUAAUAAUACCACAUAGAUGUGACUUGUAUGACUGUUUACCCCUAAAACUUUGCGGAGAUCUUGGACAAGUUUUGUUUCAACCAUUUGAUAUUCAUGAUGAAGAUUCGAUAAAGAAGAGCAUUAAAUAUUCUAAUGUUGUUGUCAAUAUGAUUGGACGAGAUUGGGAAACUAAGAACUUUACUUUCAAUGAUGUGCAUGUUGAAGCAGCCAGGAAACUCGCUAGAUUAUGCAAGGAAGCUAAUGUUGAACGUUUCAUCCAUGUAUCAUCUUUAAAUAUAGAUGAUAAAGUAGAGCCAAUUCUGUUGAAAGAAGGUUCCCAAUUCCUUAAAACAAAAAGGGAAGGAGAGCAAGCAGUGCGAGAAGAGUUUCCCGAGGCUACAAUUGUACGGCCGUCGACCAUAUGGGGCCAGGAGGAUCGAUUUCUAAAUGUCUAUUGUGAGAUAUACGGUUUAAUGAGACACCAAUUCAGAAACAUACCGAUAUGGGAAAAAGGUGAACGUACGGAAAAGCAGCCAAUAGCUGUAUACGAUGUUGCUGGAGGCAUCACGGCUAUUAUAAAAGAUCCUAGCACCGCCGGUAAAACUUACCAAUUCGUUGGGCCAAAACGUUAUAAGCUGUCCGAUUUGUUAGAUUGGUUCCAUAAAAUAUGUAUAGUUAAUCCAAUUGAGUAUGGUUAUAAAAGAACACAUCUGAAAUAUAGUCCGCUUUUCCAGCUUAAGGUGUAUGUGAAUGAAUUCAUAACUUUCGCAUAUCCAUUUGGAUAUUUGCAGUGGGAAUACUUAGAAAGGGAAUCUAUAUCUGACCAUGUAUCGAAGGAAUUACCUACACUGGAAGAUCUUGGUAUCACGUUAACCACCAUGGAGUCACGAAUGCAUUGGGAGUUGAAACCUUACCGCAAGGAUUAUGGAUACAUGCAGAGUGUUCACGAAUUCGACGCUGUUCCUGAUCCGCCGAUUAUUCCGAUUCAUUAAACUCCUCCAAUGUGCUAGAUUAAAAUAAAUAUAGAAUAAAAUGUAUACUCCUAUUAUUGUAAAGAAUAUAUUGUUAAUUAAAUAA